AUGGAAACAGAAACGGCUCGAGAAUUUAUUUAUGACCAGGAUUUCUAUUUGAGUAAUCUUGAUUUAAAUACACAGUUUCCAUUUUCAUUAAGAAGAGUCAAGUUGAAGAGUGUUGGUCCAAAACUGGUGCCAUUUUUCAAGACUGUUUCUAUCUUCUUUGUAUUAUUUGGUGAAGAGUCACAUCCAUCAAUAUUUUAUUGUAUAGUAAAAUGUCUGCCAAUUAUUUCACUGAUGUUAUUUGUAUUACUACACGGAAUGAGUCUCAACGAAUAUUACCGAUACGCCAGAUACAUUCUUAUUGGACUAUUUUUCUCUUGUCUGGGUGAUGCUUUUCUUGUUUACAAAAAGUAUUAUUUCGAAGUCGGCAUUUUGAUGUUUGCCAUUGCCCAAAUUUACUAUUCACGAGCAUUUGGUUGGCGGCCAUUUAAUCCUUACGCUGGAACUGUAUUUUUAGUGUUGGGAUGUAUUGUGUAUUCCUACAUAAAAGAUGGAAUUGAUGAUUAUGUAUUAAGCUAUAUCGUUGGAUGUUAUGUGGCAUUGAUCAGCACGAUGGCCUGGCGAGCUGUUGCCAGAGUACAAUUUUUCGACGAUUUGUGGACAUGGACAAAAUUAUGUGGUUGUGCUGGCGCCAUCUUGUUUAUGUUAUCUGAUUUAGUUAUUGCUAUUGAUAAAUUUGUUACACCUAUUCCUUUUUCUCACGUUAUCAUCAUGUCCACAUAUUAUGCUGCUCAAGUUGGGAUAUCCCUAUCAGUAGUAGACAGUCAGGUGGAUGAACUGUUAAAAAAGAAAAUCUGAAAAGUCAAUACCAAAAAGCAUUCCGGUUACCAUGGUUAUUGAAGUAACUAGGGAUAUUUGAAACAGUACAAUUAUUUGAUUAAGACAUAGGUUCCCAUUACAAGAACCAGAUUGUCUUGGAAACUAUGAUGAGAUUAGAAUGUGUGCUACCAUUGGAAAGUGUGAAAUAGUAAUUUAAUAGAAAUUGUCUAUUGAAUAAUGACUACAAGUCAAAAUGGCAGAUGAUCAAUUCCAAUAGGUCAAAAUGGCAAUUCUGAUUGUAAAAAUAUAGGGAAUUCACAAUUCCAGUUGAACAAUUGGACAAAAUCACAGAUGCGCAAUUCCAAUUGCACAAAAUGGCAGACAGAUGGGAAUGAAAAUUUAUUGUCAAUUUAACAUGUAAACCACGUAUUGUGACAUUUAAAUUCUGUUGAUUACAUGAACUGCAAUUAUGAUGGUGUACCAGUCAUUUAAAUUGGAUCCUAUCAACCACUUAAAAUACAAUUUUGCUGGACUUCAAGUAUAUCAGACCAAAAAAUCUACUCUAGUUGGUACAGGUAUAUGAAAGGGAAUAAAUUUAUAUUGAUAGUGGUAUUGUUUAAUUAUUAAUAACCAUACUAUUUAUUGUUUCUAUUAUGAAGAGUGCUGGAGUUUGGUGUAUUAUUAAUACCUGGUACGAGAAAUUGUAAACAUUUCAUUACUGUAAUGGUGGUUGUUUUUAUGUCUUUAUAUGAGUGCAAAACACUUGUGAAAAUAGCAUUGAAUGGUUUCUGCUUGAUGUUAGCAGAAGUUGUUAUGUAAGAUGAAUGGCAGACAGAUAAAUGGAUUUAACUUUCCAGGAAAGUUUUUUGAGUGUAUAUUGUUUAAAAAAAAAAAUGAAAUUUUGUGGUUUUCAUUUAAAUAUAUAUGUACAAUUUAUUCCUUAUAUGUUGUCCUCCAUAACGCUUUGUCUGGUCUAUUCGUAACAGUUACAUGUACAAAUCAACAGUAAAGGACACCAGAGCAAGCUUUGAGCACUGUUUACAAUAAAGGCACUCUAUGAAGAAAAUUGUAGCAGUAUAUGAUAAAAAAAUUCUUACAAGACGCCAAAGAUGUAGUCCAUCAUAAAAAACAUUAUCUGUGGAAACAUGAUGGGCUUAAAAAUUAGUUACAGGGCGCCUGAUUGGUACUAAAGACGAGUUGUUGGUUAAAUACAAUGAAAAUUGAGUGACGGUCUUCUAGUUGGCUAGUAGGCACUAUUCCGAUUCAUUUUCCCAGCUAAUUAUCACGAAGGUUAUCAAUAGGGUUAAAUUUGCAACUGAGUAAUAACAUAUAUACCAGUAAAUGUGAACAGACAGACAAGACAUUAUGAGAUGUGGGCAUAGUUAGACAGCAGUAGCCUUGAUUAAAUAUUAUUAACUGGUGAACUGAAUGAAAGUAUCCCUUUGUGUUAUAUUUUAUUUAUAAUGUACUUAUAACAAGCAUUAUUGUGAUUGAAUAUUUCCUUGUUUAUUGUAUAGUAUAUGUAUUUUAAUAACUUAUUUUGUUCUUUUCUUCUUAAUGGAAAAUUCUUGACUGGUUUUGAGUCAAAAGGUCAGAACUCUUUGUCACAUAUUAAUACCUCAUCGUGUAGCAUUUUGUUAAAAAUGUAAACUACCAUGGUUCAAUAAUAAUUUUGUUCAUGGUGGUGAAUUUUGUUCUCUCUUAAUGGUCUUUUUCAUACAAGAAAGGUGGCAUUUACUCAUACAGUAUUCAAGAUAUUCAUCUAAUACACAAGCUGAUGAUUAUACAUGAUGUAAUGUUCUAUGAAUAUUUAAAACCAGAUUCACGAUACGAAAUAAACUUGCUAAAGUGUUUCCAGACAUAAUGGAAAUGUUAACAUCGAUUUACACCAUUCCAAUAUUCACUCAGACGUUAGUGGUUCUUGUAAUUCCACUCAAACUAAGAAUUUGAUGAUGUCACUAUUGCAAAAUCUGCUUGUAUCAUAUUAUAAGGCCUUUGCAAUAGUCACUCCAUAAAAUGCUUAGUUUUAGUGGAAUUACAGGAACCACAGAAGGAAUGGUGUAAAUAGAAGCUAACAAUGUCUCUGAUACACAUAAAAAGUUUUAAGAACCUAUUUAAGAUUAUGUUCAUUGAUUAAAUGGAAUUGAUUUCAAGAGAGUUUGCCAUGCUAAAAUGAAUUUAUAGAAAAAAAGUAAUAUUUUAGCUUAUCCAAUGAAAAAAACUGGAAAAACACAAAGAUUCUUCCAAGUGUGAGCAAAAAAUGUAAUCUUGAGAGACAUUUAUAUCACCUUGAAUCAUUUGGUAUUUACCAGAUAUACAAGAUACCAAACUUUCCUUAAUAAACAUGUGAGAUUUUCAUUAACUUUUAUUGAUUUUUAAGCCUUGUAUUGUCAUUUUUAUUUAAAAUUUAAUUUUUUCAUGUGUUACAGAUCAUUAGGAUUAGGUCUUGACUUAAUAAGUUCAUACAGGUCACAUUGAAUCGUCUAGAUUAAUUUUCAGAUUGGCUACAAAUUCUAAAUUUGGGUUCCUGAUUUUGAUGCCAUUUUCUUCGGUAAUUUAUUCCUAAUGCAAUUCUUAACAUGGUUCCAUUGUCUCAACAAUUCUUAAUAUGGUAUUGUUUUCAUUUUAAAAUUCUUAAUUAGGUACUUUUGACGAAAAUAUUUUAAUUAGAUAUAAACUCACUGAAAUAUCUAGUCUUUGGGUACCAUUUUUGUUAUAAACUUUGUAUCAUUGAUAUUGACUUAUGUGUUUGAUAGGAAUAUAUAGUAUAGUAUUAUUUUUUUGGGCAAUUAUUCAACUUAAGUUAUCAUGGAAAAGAUCUCCUAAUUAUUUAUUUGACAUAUAAGGUAAAUGCUCAACUUUCUUUUUUGGAUCAAUUAUUUGACUUGACUUGCUAUUCUUAUUUUUAUUUUGUUAAAAGUUUUGUAUUUUUCUUACUAGUUUAGCACUUUUUGAAUUUAUUUUGUCAGAAUAAGCUAAUCUUAGACCGGUCAAGACAAUUUGAACUUGAAUUUUUUGGCACAUACAUUUUUCAUGUUUAAAGGAGGGUCAAUAUUGAAAAAUUGGCAAAUAUUGAAAAGAAACAGUUUUUAUAUACCUGAUGCAGCUAAAUUUCUGCUAUAUAUAUCGCUUUUCAAAUUAAACAUCUGACAUCCAGUUUACCUACAAUUCAUAAACAAUUUAGACUUAACUUCAAGGCAGUUAACAUUCUCAGUGCAACAAUUGAGCUCUAUCAGUUGAUAGAACAAAUAUUUAGAUGACUAUAUAAUUUUAUUAGUGUUGUAAGUCAAUUUAUUGUUUAUAAGCACAACCAAUGCAUUUGUUGCUUUUUUUCUUAAUAAUAUUUUAAUUUGUAUCUCUAUAUGUGAUUACCAUUGCUAUCUAUGUAUUUUUUCUAUACAUGCUGUGAAAUAAUUGUAGGAUAAGAUAUGUAUGUUAUUGAAAAUUAAAAUUAAUGGAGGUAAUUUUAGUGGUAAUGUCAAUGUUAAAUGGUCUUGUAUUUCAUCCCAAGUUUUGACCUGAACGGUUUCAAAUUAUUGUCACUUUGGCAUUUAUUGGAUGAAAUCAAAUCCUAGAUUGUGCAGAAAUAUUUGUGUUUCCAAAUUUUCACCUUUAAAUUAAAUGAAUUUUUAGAAGUGACAUAUAAUGAUUCAGAAAUAUUUUGGAUCUGAUAAAACCAAAGAUUAAAUAAAAAAUGUCCUGGACUUCAUAUGAUAAUGCACAUUCACGUUUUGGAUACAAAAUCUUAAUCAGGAUUGCUGGUUUAUAUAUUGAUGUACAAUUAGGACUUACAAUGAUUGUAAUACAUGUAUGUUAUCUAUAUUGUAAAUAACAGUAUUUGAAUGGUCAGUUAUGUAAAUAAAAAAAAAAAGCUCAUAAUUAUGUUUCAAUUUCUUUUUCAAUCUUUCAGUCAAAUAAAACCAUAAAAGAAC